CGCGCAUCUGUCAGUUGUGGCGCGAACUUUGCGCGCGCUUCAUGGCUGUCUAUGGUCCGAUUUGUGUUCCACGUUUGAAUUUACGUAUCGAAUUUUGAUUUUUAAAAGUGCUCGGAGCAGCGGGAAUAUUGAAUCAUUUGUUUAGUUAAUUCAUAUUGACUACCUCAUCACACCAAAAUGCCUAGAAUAUCAGCGAACAGUACAGUAAGGCGGCGACUCUUCGCCACAGAUGAUGUGACAGAAGAAGCCAAAAUCGACAACUUCACGAACGUGCUCCAAGAGUCAAUCCUUAGAGACAGAGACGAGAAAUCUAAAAAGUGGAACUUUGACUUUGAAAAUGAAGUACCACUAGAAGGAACAUAUGACUGGUAUAAGUGUGAUGAUACAGCUGACUGGAUCGGAAUGACCAAGUUAGAAGAUAAAGAAAUGAGUGAACAAGAUUCGAUGCUGCUAAUGAAAAUGGAGAAUGAAGUGACGCCAAAGGUGAAGGACAAGGACACGAAAGUGUUGAUAAGGAAUUCGCUGAAGAGGAGGAUGCAUUUCGUGGCUGAUAAGGCGAUCAGGAGGAAGAUCGCUUUUGAUUAGCCGUGCGUGAGAGCGCGUUCUUUGUGCCACAUUUAGGCUGGGUUUUGAAACAUUGUUUAUAGAUACAAAUAAAUUGAAAAAAGACUAUUUUUUGGACUGUUUGGUAACAUAAUAGAUAUGUAUCUGAGUUCUCUAAUAAAUAUCUUAAAAACAUUCAUAUUAAUAUUUAACGCACAGACUCGACAACGAUAUUCACCUACAGAAAUCAUUAUUUUGUACAACCGGGAAACUUGCAAUAUAUUUUAUUAACUUAGGAUUUUAAUAGACUUA